UUUGAGCUAUUUCGCUUGCCGUAGCGAGGCGUGGUCCAACAGUUAUCUCUAAACAAGCAUCCUCUGUUUUGUUGAAUGUAAAACAUUUUAGGCUAAAUUUGCCUAAAAUUAGCGUCGUAUUUUUUCUGUUUGCACUUUUGAAAUAUGUGUUAGUCUUAGAGUUUGUGUUUUUGUAAUUUCACACCAACUUUCCGGUUCAUUCGCUUGGCAUGUAUGCUAACAACAGCUAGCUAAGUCGUGGCGCAGCACAGAAAACUACUGUUCUCAACUGCAGAAACCUCCUUGAACACAGUAUGGCUUUGAUGGAGGUCGAGAACGGGGCUUCUUCUGGAGGUGAGGAAGUUGAUACAGACAUCAUAGCAAAGACGUGCGUGUUGGGCGGCUUUAGUGAAGCUAACGAGACGAGAAACAUCAUCUCUAGUCUGCCUGAAGUCCACGGAGAGCAACGGGCCACCGAGCAUGUUACUCAGCGGUUUUUAGUGAUAAUGAAUGGAUACCAAGAGCAGCCUCAUCUGUUGGAUCCACAUCUAGAAUGGAUGAUGAACAUGAUGCUGGAGUAUGUGAGGAGGGAAGACUGCCCUCCUUCACUGCUGCACCUGAGCUUCAAGUUCUUGUACAUCAUCUGUAAGGUCAGGAGCUAUAAAAUCUUCAUGCAGCUUUUACCUCACGAGGUUUCGGACGUGGAGCCGGUCCUGCAGAUGAUUUCCAGACAAGAUCCCAAAGACUUAGAGACAUGGGAAACUCGUUACAUGUUGCUGUUGUGGCUGUCCAUGGCCUGCCUCAUACCCUUUGACCUUUCCCGGUUGGAUGGCCACCUGGAGGCCGCUGGUGGAAAGAAGGAGGAGCUUGUCAUGAAUCGCAUUCUUGCUAUCGCAAAGUCUUACUUAACUGUGACUGACAGUCCGAGAGACGCUGCAUCUGUGCUCAUAUCAAAGUUUAUGACCCGCCCUGAUGUGAAGCAGAAAUGCCUCGGAGAGUUUUUGGACUGGACUCUCACCAUGAUAUUCCAGAGCAGAGACACCUCAAUGAGAGACAUGGUGCUGGAUGGUGCUCUGCAAUCCCUGGCCAAGCUUUUUAAACAUGGAAAACGUGAUGAUCUCUUACAAUAUGCUCCUACGGUUCUGCAGUGCCUGGAGCAGAAACGUCUGUCGGAGAGCACCGAGGCCAUGCUGCGAAAGCUCAACGUCAAGCUGAUCCAGAGGCUCGGACUCACCUUUCUCAAGCCCCGCUUGGCUGCAUGGAGGUACCAGAGAGGCAACCGCUCCCUCGCAGCCAACCUUUCCAUGUCCCAUCAGUCUUCAGCCCAAACUCCGGAUUCUGAGGAGCAGGAGGAGGACUACGACAUUCCUGAGGAGCUGGAGGCUGUGAUUGAACACCUUCUGGUUGGACUGAAAGAUAAAGAAACUAUUGUGCGUUGGUCUGCUGCAAAGGGCAUCGGGAGGGUGACGGGGAGGCUUCCCAAGGAGCUGGCAGACGAGGUGGUUGGAUCAGUCCUGGACUGCUUCAGCUUUCAGGAAACUGACAGUGCUUGGCAUGGAGGCUGCCUGGCCUUGGCAGAGCUGGGCAGGAGGGGGCUGCUGCUUCCGUCGCGGCUGAACGACGUUGUGCCUCUUAUUGUGAAGUCCCUGACCUACGACGAAAAGAGAGGAGCGUGCAGCGUUGGAUCCAAUGUGCGUGACGCCGCCUGCUACGUGUGCUGGUCCUUCGCCCGCGCCUACGAACCCAAGGAGCUGGAGCCUUUUGUCAGUCAGAUCGCAAGUACGUUGCUGAUCACCACUGUGUUCGAUCGGAACAUCAACUGUCGCAGAGCUGCUUCCGCUGCCUUCCAGGAGAAUGUCGGCAGACAGGGAACAUUUCCACAUGGGAUUGACAUUGUAACUGCUGCAGAUUACUUUGCUGUUGGAAAUCUCAACAACUGUUAUCUAAAGAUCAGUGUCUUUAUAGCUGGUUUCCCAGAAUACACCAAGUGCAUGAUAGACCACCUAACGGCCAUGAAGAUCAAUCACUGGGAUUGCGCGAUCCGAGAGCUCGCCACUAAAGCACUCCACAACCUGACGCCUCAGGCGCCUGAUUAUAUGGCAUCCACAGUUCUGCCACAGCUGCUGAAAAUGGCGGUGGGCAUGGACCUCCACAGUCGCCACGGGGCCAUCCUGGCAUGUGGAGAGAUCGCUCACGCUCUGUACAAAGUGGGCCUUCAGACCAACAGAUCUAUAUUGGACGUCAUUUCACCGGAAUGUGUUGAAGAAUUAAAAAACAUUCAUUUCAAGCUAAAUGAAAGAAAACAAUACAGGGGUUUUGGUGGUGCACUGAUGAGACCAGCAAUUUGCAGUCUGAUAGAAAAGCUGUCCCUGUCCAAGUUGCCCUUGAAGAACGACCCUGUCCUGACUGGCUGGCAGUGGGUGAUCGAUGACACCUUACAGACUCUUCAUUUGAUCUCCAGUGGAGAUGCAGAUGACAUUAUCGCUGCUGUUGUUUCUGCCUUAGCGGCUUUAUGCGAGGAGUACUACCAGGAUGAAACGGGCCAAGUAGACUCUCAAAUGCAAGAUGUUUUGGUGUCGCGCUACAUUGAAGGACUGAAGAGUCCUCAGAUCCCCACUCGGUGCGGCUCUGCCCGCGCCCUCGGCUGUCUUCCCAGAGUCAUGAUCCAAGGCAAACUCAAUCAAAUCCUCAAAGGGCUUGAGCAGAUGUGCUCCAUCACCCAGGAAGAGGGGAGUUUCACUGAAGCCAGGAGAGAUGCAGUCAGAGUGAUUGCUCAGGUGUGCGAGAAGGCCGGCGUUUGUGCCCAAGGGCGACCCGACUCUGUGCUGUGCCAUGAGAAUGCGGCGCAGGUUUUCGGCGUUCUGCUCCACUGUCUCAAUGACUACACCAUGAGCAGCAGAGGAGAUGUGGGGGCCUGGGUGAGAGAAGCAGCGAUGACCAGUCUGAUGGAGCUGAGCGUGCUCGUGGCGAGCAGCGCUCCUGAUGUUCUUGUCCCGAAGCUGGUGAGCUCUAUGAUGUGCGGCUUAGCCCAGCAGGCGGCGGAGAAGAUCGACCGCUACAGAGCCCACGCCAGCAACAUCUUCCUGCGCCUUCUGCACAGCGCUGAGCCUGCAAUACCCCACAUACCCCACAGAGAGGAGCUGUUGCACAUCUUUCCUGCUGAGAGCGUGACCAGUGUGAACUGGAAAGCCCCAUCACAAUCCUUCAAGCACAUCACGCAGCUGCUGGGUUUGCCGGAGUAUCAGUACCACACCCUGCUGGGCCUCUCUGCGUCUGUGGGAGGGAUCACAGAGUCCACUGUACACUUUUCCUCCCAAUCAUUAUUUGACUUUUUGAAAAGAAUUCAAAGUGACAGUGAAGCUCUGGGACGGUUUGGAGAAACGCUGCUGAGAAUCUUCCGAGACAAUCUCCGCAACGACAGGGUUUCUGUUCCUUUGCUGAAGAUGCUCAAUCAGUUACUCAGUAACAGCUGCUUUGAAAUUUUCACCACACAAGAGAAUCAUCAGUUCUGUGUGGAUCUUCUGGAUCUCUGCAAAGAGUUCAGGAAGUCCAAGGACAUUUCCAAGCUGUCCGCCUGCGUCUCUGUUUUCUGUGGGCUGAUCCAGUUCCAGGGAACAGUGAGGAAGAAGGUUUUGUCCCAGCUGCUGCUGCUGCUCUGCCAUCCGUUCCCUGUGAUCAGGAAAACCACAGCGAGUCAGAUGUACGAGAUGCUGCUGACGUACGAUGACGUCAUCGAUGCAGAAAUUCUGGAUGACGUUAUGACCUGUUUAAGUGACACUAACUGGGAGAGCGACCUCGCCACAGUGCGGACGCACAGGAAUCAGCUUUGUGAUUGGCUAGAAGUUCCCAAGCCACAGCUGGUUGCUAAGGCCGCCGUCCAGGCUUCCUGAUUACCGUGGCUGUUCCAACCAGUGUCAACUAAAGAAGAAGGUUUGGAGAUAAUUAUGAACGAACCCAGCCUUUUUUCAUCUUUUUUUUUUUUUUUUAUCCAGUUCGCUCAGAGAAUUUCAUGACUUAAAAAAAAUAUUAAACUAAUAAAUGAUCUUAGUUUUUUCUUUUUGAGUCACAUUUAGUAUAAAACAACCUUGAACUGGCUGGAGUUCGAGGACCAAAAGCGACCGGUUUAAACAGAGCCUGUUGUGUCACAGUUGCUCAUUAGAGGCCGAUAGUGGCCACAUUGUGGCCGUCAGCUUUCUUAACAAAGAUGCAAUUGUUGCAUUGUGCCAGACUUCGUUGUUUCUGAUGGUAAGUCAUCGACUGCAGAAACUCCCAGAGCCUGUAAUCACUAUAUUACAUUUUCUGCUGUGUGUAAUGCAGUUAUUGUAAUAUGAUUCAUAAAACCUAAUUUGUCCUCCUCCGUGGAAACUUGACAUGUAUUUUGACCCCAAUAAAAUGAGCCAAAUCUGCUGUCAUA